GGGGGGGGGGGGGUGUCCUGCUAUGUCUGUGUUCUCUGUGAGACACAGGAAUACCCUACUGAGUCAGUGCCACGACGCUGACACACCACAGGCAGGGCUGCCUCUGCUCCCAUAAGAAGCAUCCUAUGCUAUUCUGUUCAAGAUGGCGGUGCAGGCAGCUGAAAAGGACGGAAUAAACGUGGAAAAUGACUAUCUGAACGACUCGCUGGAGAACCCCGCCGGGCUCAUCUCACCUGACAAGGAGGAUCUGUCUCAUCUGCUGACGGUGCCAUUCAGCGGGCGAAUCCGUGGGGGCAUGCGGCCGGGGAAGAAGAUUAUAGUGAUGGGCAUUGUCGAAUUGGAGCCAGACAGCUUCAACGUGAGCUUAACCUGCGGCCGCGACUCGGAGAAGGAGGAGACUCUGCAUGACGUGGCCCUGAAACUCACCGCACGCUUCGCUGACCGCCAGUUCCUGCGAAGCGCCCGCAUCUCUGGGAAGUGGACACAGGAGGAAGUGUCCACCGACUACUUUCCCUUCAUCCCCGAUCAGCCUUUUAGGAUUGAGAUCCACUGCGAGCACCAGAGGUUCCGGAUAUUUGUGGACGGACACCAGCUCUUUGACUUUUAUCACAAAGUAAAGUCUUUGUCCUCUAUCGACACAACAUCCCGUCAGUCUCUGAGGAGAUUUUGCCAGACCAUUUUUCCAAUGUGGAGGAUAAUGAGACCCAUGACUCUCAGCAGCUCAAACAGGAGCAGGUGGAUCGGUGUAUCAGUCCAGACAUAGAGCCGGGUACUUCCAAAGAUGCUAAAGUCAGACAUCCUAAAUCAGAACCAACCACUAACUGUGAGCCGUUCCUAUCUUCCACAGCUGAAACUGUGAGCGCAAAUGCAUACAUAGGCGACAAAUGGAAUGAACGAGAUGAUUCAUUGUCGCCUUGUUACAAUCAGAUGAUGCAUCAGUGUUUCAUGCCAGACCUGAAUGGUGACUCGUCCAAGGAUGCAAAUGUCAGACUUACUGAAUCAGAUAAAACUGCUCAGUCAGACUGCCAGCUCUUUCCAGCUUUUGGCUCUAUACCUUUAACAUUGAAUGAUGAUCAAUCGAUUGGGAGUCCCAGUGACACUGCUUUGACAGAGCAGGAACAAGCCCAGAGGGAUGAAAAGGCUUGCCGUUUCUGUGGCAAGCAGUUUAACAGGGACUCUGAUCUGAUAAGACACGUUUCUAAGAUUCAUAUGACUGCAAAGGCCUUUAAAUGCUCUGAAUGUGACAAGGAGUUUGCGUGUAGGGGCCAUCUGGAUGCACAUUCAAGAAUUCACAGAGGUGAAAAACCACACAAGUGUUCUUUCUGUAGGAAGUCAUUUGCUCAAAAGUCAAAUCUCAAUGUUCACUUGAGGUUGCACACAGGCGAAAAGCCAUAUUUUUGCAAAACAUGUGGAAAAAUGGUUACCUAUAGUUAUC